CAUCCUCUGUUCGUCUCAGCCACCAUCAAUAACUCCGGUUGGUGUACACUCUAUAUAUACACGUUAUUCGAUUAAUCGACCUUUCUCAUCUCAAGUCUCAUCAGUCGGUGCAGUGGAGUACUGGUACUCUACUGUCUACUCAUCUAUCUCUUCUGGACCUCUUUUGUGGUUUUUUUUUUUUUUUGAGAGAGAACCUCUCGUGUGGUUAUGUCAGCAGCCGGCGGGGGUCCUGGCGCCUCGCCGGCGGCGGCGGCGGCGAAGAGGCCGAGCAGGUACGAAUCGCAGAAACGGCGUGACUGGCAGACGUUCGUGCAGUACCUGGCGGCGCACCGUCCACCGCUCGUGCUGCGCCGGUGCAGCGGCGCCCACGUACUCGAGUUCCUCCGCUAUCUCGACCGCUUCGGGAAGACCCGCGUCCACGCUCCGCCCUGCCCGGCCUACGGCGUACGCGCGAUAACGGCGACGGCGCCGUGCCAGUGCCCACUCCGCCAGGCGUGGGGCAGCCUCGACGCGCUCGUCGGCCGCCUACGCGCCGCCUUUGAAGAGCGCCACAGCCGCAGCGGCAGCGUGCCGCCACAGCAGCAGCACGAUGCCAGUUGCAACCCCUUCGCUGCGCGCGCCGUGAGGCUAUACCUGCGUGACGUCCGCGAUGCGCAGUCUAGGGCGCGCGGCAUCUCCUACCACAAGAAGAAGAAGAAGAAGCGCAAGCUUGACGCUGGAAGUUGCACGACGGAGGCCUCGUCGACCUUCAAGAACGGCGGCGGCGCGGACGCGAACUCGGACGGCGAACGCGGGCACACGACUACCAUGACAACGAUGGCUAACGUGGCGCCGGUGCCGCAAGCACCGCCACCUCUGCCACCUCUGCCGUCAUGCCUGGCCGGGAUACCGUUGGAAUGCUACGACACGGGAAACGUCGUUGGGGGAUCUACUGGCGCCAGCUGCUACGGCGGCAUAUACUUGCCGUUGCUCUUCAACACAUUUAAUUAACGUCUUCGUAGGCUCAUAGCUUAGCCUCACUGCCUCGUAGUGCCAGUAAUAUCCGAUUAUAAUCAACUUCGAGUGCGUCGUAACGUUCGCUUUGCUUAAUUUUUAGUUGUUCCCAUCAUUCAAGUCCUCGUGAAAAUGAGAUAGCUUCCAACAAACGAUUUCUGCAUGCGCCUAGCAAUUGUUUGCAAAUCGUAUAUCCUUCUAUUUCGAAAUUAGUUUUGCUAGGUCGCGUGAGACUUGGUUGUGUCUCAGUUAAUACUAUAUUUGUUUCAUUUUGUAUGAAGAUUUAUACGAUUUUCAGUUGUUCC